GAGUAGUACCGCCGAGGCACAUGUGUAAACAAGAAGUUGGCUAACUUCUAGAAGAGGUAACGUCAACAUAGCUGAUGAGCUAGUCAUACUAAUCACAUUUUACAGUGAAUAGAAAUAUUUCUAAACCACAAAAUAGCGCUUCACACAGAAUUCUUUAGCCAAAAUGGCGUCAAAUGAGGUGCAAGAUGACGACGACGGAAUGGACGAGUUCAUGGACAAAUUCAAGACCCAGAAUUAUAAAAAUGCGUUUAGUGAAGACAACUGGGAAGAGGAGUUUGAUAGGAUACCCAUGUUCAUGAAAAAAGCCCCUGAAGAAAUUGACCCACAAAAAUACCCAGAACUAGCUUGUCUGCAGGCCAUUCUACACGAUGAGGACAGACCCCCUGAAGAGCAAGCAAAGAGCCUGAAAGAUGAGGGGAAUGCUUACUUCAAGGAGAAGAACUACGAGAAGGCCAUACUGUCCUACACAGCGGGUUUGAAGAAGAAAUGUGGAGACCAGGAGCUCGACACGGUCCUCCUCACCAACCGGGCUGCAGCGCACUUUCACCUGGGUAACAUGCGCUCUGCGUUCAACGAUGCUGCAGCUGCAAAGAAGAUUAAACCUGACCACCUUAAAGCCUUGAUCAGAGGUGCUCAGAGUUGCAUAGAGCUGCGUAACUUUGCAGACGCCAUCCAGUGGUGUGACGAGGGGCUCAAAGCUCAUCCCACGGACAAGAAGCUGCAGGAGCUGAGAGCAGCAGCAGAUAAACACAAGAGAGCAAAGGAAAGAGAUUCCAGGAAGGCCAAGAUCAAACAAAAAAAGCUGCUUGCUGAGAAAGAAGCUCUUCUGACUGCUAUAAAGAAUCGAGGCAUCAAGCUCCUCCAGUCUGUGAAGCCUCGUCCGAGCAGUUCAAACAGUGAGGAUGAGGAUGAAGGCUCCUCAGCAGCGAUCUCACAGCUCAGCUUGGAUGGACUUGGCUCUCAGGAGGCCACAGGCGCUCAGGUCUUUCUGGACGAGCAGGGCUCCCUGCACUGGCCCGUUCUCUUCCUCUACCCUGAGCACCAGCAGACUGAUUUCAUAUCUGCCUUCUCAGAGAAAGACUGUUUCUUAGAUCACGUGGCAAUUAUGUUCGGAGAAGAACUUCCACCGUGGGACGUGGACAGAAAAUACCAUCCAAAGGAUUUGCAGCUGUACUUUGAAGAUGAGGAGAAGGACACGCUCUACCAAGUGAACCAGGAGACGUCACUUUUGAAAGUGUUGACGCAUAAACGGUUUUUUGUUAAGUCAGGAAGUCCAAGCUUCAUUGUUCUGGUUAAGAACUCAUCAUUCUCAAAGCAGUUUUUUACAGGAAAAACAAUACGGAGUUUGUAAAAACAUCGUCCUUCAAAUCUUGGGACUUUAUUACACUAAACUUGAUAUUAAACUCCAGUGGACUGAGUUUUCCCUUGAAAUACUUAAUACAUGUCUGUUGUGGUAAAGAAGAGAAGGAUACAUUGUUUGACAUCAAAUAUGAUUAAUAAAUGAAUAUGAUACACAUG